AUGUCUCUCGGGCCUUCUCUCUCCCGCUGUCUGCCUGCCCGUUAUCAGCACAUCUGUUUGUCUCACCCCCGCUUCCUCCCUCCUUUUCUCUGUGCAGAUCUCCGCGGCGCUCUCCGGAAUAAUCUUCGCCGCAAUCCCCGCACUCCUGGCGGUGCGGCGGGCAGCGCAGGCAGUAGAGCGGUGCGGAGGGCGGCACAGGCUGCGGUGCGGAGGGCGGCACAGGCAGUAGAGCGGCUGGCAUCAACGGCGAGGGAGGAGCUGCCGGGGACGAUGGCGGCAGUGCGGCUGUCAGGGAUGGAGAUCAGCGACCUCACCAUGGAGCUCAGCGACCUCAGCCACGAGAUCUCUCAGGGAGUGCGCAGUCCUGCACGGACGUCCCGCCUUGCCACCGGCACCAGCAGCACCAGGGCCAAGGAGCAGCACACUGCUGACGCUCUCAAAGAUGCAACAGUGAUCCCCAUCCGCGUGGUAAGCCCGCUCUUCUCCUCGGCUGCUGGUGCGGUCGGCGCUGCCGCCUCCACAGUCGGCUCUACAGUGUCUCAUGUGGGCGGCACAGUUGGGGCGGCAGCAUCUCACGUGGGCGGCACGGUUGGGGCGGCAGCGUCACAUGUAGGGGCGGCAGCAUCGCAUGUGGGCGGCGCAGCGGCUCACAUUCCCUCGGUGGUAUUCAACCUUGUCGAUUUCCUGCCGUGGGGCCACAGGAGAGGUGCUUCCUCCGGUGCUGCCUCCGCUGGUCCGCACUCCGGUGCACCUUCCAAGUCAGUCGCCACAGGAAGGGCUGACCCUAUCCCAAGUGGAUCAAGCUCAGACCAGCAAUCGCCGGAAUCACUCCACCACAGGCCCCACCAGCCUCUCCAGUCUCUGGAUUCCCACGAGUCUCACCAGUUGAACGCGAAUCAGCAUGCUCGUAUUGAGGGUGUUGCGCCGCACAAGGUGGCAGGAGCAGGCAGCGUAAGGCAGGAGGAUGUGGUGAGGGUGGGGGCGGCAGCAGAGGAGCAGUUUGAGCUGUCGUCGCUGCCCUCCUUGGUGGGAUGGCUGCAGCACAGAAAGGACAAGGAGAAGCACCCAAAUGGGGAUGCGAGAGGGUCUCAGUCAGGUUCUCGGAAGGUGGCAGAAGCAGGCGGCACGAGGCAGGCAGUGAUUGUGAGGGCAGCAGACGAGCAGUUUGAGUCCCGAGAGGAGUCACGAGCACCGGCAGCGCAGCAGCAGCACGGCGUGGAGUGGCAGUCGCGGUUGCGCCACGUGUACUUAAUGGGCGUCAUAGUCGACGUGGAUAAGCUCCCCUUUAAGUUCGUCCGAUUCGCCUUAGAUGACGGCAGCAUGACCGCCGCCAGCUGCGCUCGCCCCGCCCCUUUCCCCGCUCCGUUCCCCGACCCGUCCCCCCCACCGUUCCCCGCCCCGUCACCCGCCCCCCCGUGCACCGCCUCCGCCCGUGUCUCUGCCCCUUCGGCUAUCGCGACACCCCCAGCGCGACUUACGGGCGCGAUACCAGUCGCCGCACCGCAACUGUCCACCGUCUGUGCCACGCGGCCUGUGCGCGCAGUGCCAUGUGUGCUGUGGCUCAACAGUCGCGAUCACGCGGAGCGCCACGUGGCGAUGCUGCAGGCAGCCACGUGUGUCCACGUGGGCGCGCUGGUGGGCGUGCGGGGGAGAGUGAUGGUGUUCAAUGGACGGAGGCAGGUGACUGUGGACGCGGUGUGCGCGAUAUCAGAUCCCAACGAGGAAAUACUGCACUGGUUGGACUGCCUCGAAACUACACAUUAG